AUGGGAGGCGACGCCCCUGCCGUCAAUGGCGCGCGGCCGAAGGUGCUGCAGCUCGGGAUUAUUGAACACGCCUUCGACGCCUGGGCAUCCAUCGGCAAGAUCGCCGACAUCAUAACGCCCUCCUCGACCGACCGCGCCGCCUUCCUAUCCGAGGCCCGGUCCGGCGCCUUCGACGGCUGCGCCGUGGCCUACCGGACGUUCGACUCCUUCGACACGACGGGCCGCUUCGACGCCGAGCUCCUCUCCGCCCUCCCGGACUCUCUGCGCUUCGUCUGCCACAACGGCGCCGGCUACGACCAGGUCGACGUGGCCGCCUGCACGGCCCGCGGCGUCCGCGUCUCCAACGCGCCCACCGCCGUUGACGACGCGACCGCCGACCUGGCCGUCUUCCUCGUGCUCGGCGCCCUGCGCAACGUCGCCCAGGGCAUGGCCGCCCUGCGCGCCGGCGCCUGGCGCGGCGAGGGCGACGCCGCCCCGGCCCUCGGCCACGACCCCCAGGGCAAGGUGCUGGGCAUCCUCGGCAUGGGCGGCAUCGGCCGCAACAUGGCCCGCAAGGCCGCCGUGUUCGGCAUGCGCAUCCGCUACCACAACCGCACGAGGCUGGACGCCGAGGUCGAGAGGGAGGUCGGCGCCGAGUACGUCGAUUUCGAGACGCUGCUGCGGGAGAGCGAUGUGCUGAGCUUGAACUUGCCGCUUAACCAACACACCCACCACAUAAUCUCCGCCCCGCAAUUCGCCCAGAUGAAGCCCGGCGCCGUGGUGGUCAACACGGCGCGCGGCGCGGUGAUGGACGAGUCGGCGCUCGUGGCGGCGCUGGCGUCGGGCCGCGUGGCGUCGGCGGGCCUCGACGUGUACGAGGACGAGCCGCGCGUCCACGCGGGCCUCGUCGCCAACCCGCGCGUCCUGCUCGUGCCGCACAUGGGCACCUACACCGUCGAGACGCAGACCAAGAUGGAGGAGUGGACCAUGUCCAACGUCCGCAUGGCUGUCCUCGAGGGGCGCCUGCGGAGCAUCGUGCCCGAGCAGAGGGAUAUGAUAUGAGGUGGGAGGUGGGGGGGAGGUUUGUUGGGCCUUGUCUCUCGUAUUCAGGGGCGCGGAGGGUUCAUCGGCUUCACUCCCUGGCCUCCACUCUGCAGGGAGAUUGGGUAGAUGUGUCCUGGGAAGGGGGAGGUCCGUCAUGGUAUCCCGAUGGGCGAAUAUAUACACUAGGCAAUAUGCUACCAGAAGCCCAUUUGCGAGUCCUACGAGAAUGGUUAUUUAUGGGGGGGAUCUGGCUGGGUGGAUAAAACGGGAAAGGAAAUAGAAGCUACUAAACGACUAGAGCUGGUAGACAUUUUGAAGCUCUCCAUGGAUAGGCAGAGAGAAUAAUAAGAAAGUACACGAAAAGGAGAGUUCUCCCAUAU